UAAGUAGGCUCAAAGGGAAAUGACAUUUUUGACAAGGCUCUUACUAAUUGAACCCACUUCUCUCCAUUGACACAAGUUCUACUUUGUUUGAUAGCGGUCUCCGAAGAGAAAAUUGAUUGAUAAAGGUACAUUCGUUAUAGAAAGUUUAAACAGUGAAGGGCAAAGUUUGGUGGCUGAAGGAUCAACUUUUUUAUUUUUAUUCUUUUUUUUUUGUAAAAAAGAUACUACAAAGUUAAAAUAAUUAUUGCAACGUGUUGUAUGUAAAUCUUAGUAAAUAGUAUAAAUUUUUUAAAGAAAUAUUAAAAAGCUUCAAGAAAUUUCUGUAAUUAUAUAUAUCAGCCUCCAAUAAGAAAACUGAAGAAGCAAAAUAAUAUUUGCCCAAAUAGACUUUCUUCUCUGCCAUGGAACCAAAUGCUUGCAGUGACAUGCAUUCUCAUCAUUGUCUAGAGAUACCACCUACGGAGGUGCACAAAGUGGUGUUACCGCCUCAUAGGAGCACUAUUCAGAAAUUCACCACUAGACUCAAAGAAACUUUCUUUCCGGAUGACCCUUUGCGCCAAUUCAAAGGACAACCAUUGGGAAAGAAAUGGAUUCUUGCUGCUCAGUAUGUUUUUCCUAUUCUUCAAUGGGGUCCUAGUUACAAUCUCAAGCUCUUCAAAUCUGAUAUCGUUUCUGGUCUUACCAUUGCCAGCUUAGCCAUUCCUCAGGGUAUUAGUUAUGCUAAGCUUGCAAAUCUACCUCCUAUAGUGGGUCUCUAUUCAAGCUUUGUUCCUCCUCUUGUAUAUGCUGUUCUUGGAAGCUCAAGAGACCUUGCAGUAGGACCCGUUUCUAUUGCUUCUCUUAUUAUGGGAUCAAUGCUUAGGCAAGAAGUAUCUCCUUCCAAUGAUCCUAUUUUGUUCCUGCAACUAGCUUUUUCUUCUACCUUUUUUGCUGGUCUUUUCCAAGCUUCUUUAGGAUUUUUAAGGUUGGGAUUUAUCAUUGAUUUUCUAUCAAAGGCUACUUUGAUUGGGUUCAUGGCUGGAGCUGCUAUUAUUGUCUCUCUGCAACAACUUAAAAGCCUUCUUGGAAUUACUCAUUUUACAAAACAAAUGGGUCUGGUUCCUGUCUUGAGCUCAGUGUUCCACAACACUCAUGAGUGGUCGUGGCAAACAAUACUGAUGGGAUUUUGCUUCCUUGUGUUCCUUUUGGUCGCAAGACACAUAAGUAUGAAAAGACCAAAGCUGUUUUGGGUAUCAGCUGGAGCCCCUCUUCUGUCAGUGAUUUUAUCUACCCUCCUCGUUUUCGCAUUCAAGGCUCAACGUCAUGGCAUCAGCAUAAUUGGAAAAUUACAAGAGGGAUUAAAUCCUCCAUCAUGGAAUAUGCUGCAUUUUCAUGGAAGUCACCUUGCACUGGUUAUAAAAACUGGCCUUGUUACUGGCAUCAUCUCCCUCACUGAAGGCAUAGCAGUAGGAAGGACUUUUGCUGCUUUAAAGAAUUAUCAAGUGGACGGUAACAAGGAAAUGAUGGCAAUUGGACUAAUGAACAUAAUUGGCUCCUCUACUUCCUGCUAUGUUACAACAGGUGCUUUCUCGCGGUCUGCUGUUAAUCACAAUGCAGGAGCUAAAACAGCAGUUUCUAAUAUUAUAAUGUCAGUGACAGUGAUGGUGACUCUUCUCUUCCUAAUGCCUUUAUUCCAAUAUACGCCGAAUGUUGUAUUGGGUGCCAUCAUUGUAACAGCAGUAAUUGGCUUAAUAGACAUUCCAGCUUCUUACUAUAUCUGGAAGAUCGACAAAUAUGAUUUCAUUGUACUGCUGUGCGCAUUCUUUGGUGUUAUCUUCAUUUCUGUCCAGGAGGGCCUUGCCAUUGCAGUAGGAAUAUCCAUAUUCAAAGUCCUCCUGCAAGUUACAAGGCCAAAGACACUGAUUUUAGGAAACAUACCAAGGACAGAUAUAUACCGUGAUCUCCAUCAGUACAAGGAAGCUUUAAUGGUUCCUGGCUUCCUCAUUUUAAGCAUUGAAGCCCCGAUUAAUUUUGCUAAUACCACUUACCUCAAGGAAAGGAUUCUGAGAUGGAUAGAAGAGUAUGAACCACAAGAAGAUUCAAAAGAACAAUCAAGUAUCCAUUAUGUGAUCAUUGACCUGUCAGCUGUGAGUGCCAUAGACACAACAGGAGUCUCACUCUUCAAGGAUUUAAAGAAAACAAUGGACAGUAGGGGAACUGAGCUUGUACUGGUGAAUCCUUUAGGAGAGGUGAUGGAAAAGCUGCAAAGGGCUGACGAUGCGCGCGGUAUCAUGAAGCCUGAUACUCUUUACUUGACGGUGGGUGAAGCUGUGGUCGCACUCUCAUCUACAAUGAAGGGUCAAACAUCAAGCCAUGUAUAGGCGCGCUGCAGUUAUAUUCUUCAUUAGACAAUAUAGAACAGAUUCAAUAGGAAAAACAAACGUAUUAAUAGCGUAUGAGCGUUUCAUGUCAUGCAACUCCAUAAGCUUAGCGAUUGCCUUGUUAUGUUCACAUGCCUUGAAGGGGUAACAGUACUUCUUCCUGCAUAAAUUUAUUACCACGACAUCUGAAUAUGACAAAUCACUAAACCAGGCUGGAAGUACCUGCUUUAGACACAUUGCUAGUGCUAUCCUAAUCCAUGCCAGCCUCUGGCUGCCAGUUCUUACACAGAAGUCCCUGUAAAAGAAGUACGGAGGAUUUGGGGCGUGCAACACUUAUUUGAGCAACUGAUGAACUUUGUGGCUUUUUGCAUAUCUAUUGUUUAUUUAUUUUAA